UGGAAGGAAGAUGCUGUUGGGGAGCUCAGCAGGUUUCCUGCUGCUCUUUCUCUCUCAAUGCACUGUGUCCCUGGGCACCAAAGAGGCUGCAGUCCUGGCYAAUGCCCACCUUCUGCCCCAGAGAGACCACGAGACACUGGGCAACGCCAAUGAAAAAGACUAUCCAAGGGAUUGUUUUGAGAUUUUACAGCGCUCCAAAGGAAAUUCCAGAGAUGGCCUUUACAUCAUCCAACCAAAAGAGGAACCAAUUGUUGUCUUUUGUAACAUGCAGGAUGGUGGCUGGACAGUAAUCCAACACAUUACAGCCAACAGUACUGUCGACUUUGAUAGGACCUGGCAGGACUACAAAUAUGGAUUUGGCUCUGUUCAGGAGAACCACUGGCUAGGAAAUGAAUACAUGCAUCAGUUAACUGGCAGCUCAGUGCAAUACAUACUUGGAGUCAAACUCGUAAACCUGAAUGCUGAAGUUAAAUGGGGACAGUAUGAGCCAUUCCUUAUCGAAGGUGAAGAGUCUCAGUACCGAAUCAGGGUYGGUCUGUACAAAGGCAACGCCACGGAUGCGCUGACCCUGGACACAGAAGCUUAUCUCCAUGACAACCAGAAGUUCACCACCAAGGACAGAGACAACGACAACUAUUUUAUGAAUUGUGCUAAAYUGGAACUCAAUGGCAUUCCCGGGGGAGGCUGGUGGUAUGACGCCUGUGCUGGAGCAAAUCUGAACCGCAGGAAUGUGAUAUACUGGCAAAAGGACUGCAACAAGCAACGCCCCUGCAAGUUUGCAUGGAUGAUGGUCAAACCCAUCGAGCACCACCAGUCAUACCCAGCCAAGCCCUGUCCGUGUCAGAAGGUUGAACUGUAGACAAGCCACACGUAUUUGACAGGAACAGGGACUCUUUCUCUAAUGACUGAAGUSAACUUACUGCCUGAGUAUUCACCCAAAGUAACCAUGAUUUAAAAUUUAAACUGAGCCUCUUGCAAGGGCUUUCUGAUGACAUUUUGUCCAGGACUGGACCAUGUCACAGAAAUAUGCCAGCCACACAAGUGAGACACUGUCAGAAACUAAGGCCACAUGAUUUGAAUAACCAGAAGAUUGAAACAAUUCAUUUUAUARUAUUUUAGCCAUAAGACAGAUGUGGUAUGAAA